GCGGCCGCAACAGAUUUCUGCAUAUCUACUUUUUGUCAUUUGUUGUGGCAAAGCAGUGUUGUGUAGUGAUAAUGUAGAAAUCCGCAUUCAUACAGACACAGUUCUGAAAACAACUAAUUCACAUUUCGUCAGCAUGACAAUAGAUUCCAAUGUUUCACAAGCAAAUUGGGGAAACCUUGAUUUUCAAUCCAAAAAACUACAAAACAUGGCUAGAGCACUGUCACCUUGCUACUUGAGGAUGGGUGGAAAUAAGGCAGAUUUCUUGAUAUUUUCUAUAAACAAAACAGAGUCCUUUAGUCCAGAAGCAACUUCUUAUAAAGCCAAGCACUUUAACGACCAAGAUCUUCCACAUCAAGAUGGAUCUCUCCAAUCUGUGCCGUUAUGGAACAAUUUUGAAUUUGGGAAAAAAAGGAAUUUUACAAAUUUUACAAUGACAGCUAGUAUGUGGGAUGAUAUCAACCAUUUUAUGACAAAGGUGGGAUGGGACUUCUUGUUUGAUCUCAAUGUUUUCCUUCGUAGCGAUGGCAAAUGGGAUUCAGAUAAUGCUAAGUUACUCCUGAAAUACACUGCAUCAAAGGGAUAUCGUCUUGCAGGAUGGGAGCUUGGUAAUGAACCAGAUGAUUUUCAUGGGUAUGGAUUCGACAUUUCAGCCGCCCAACUUGCCAAGGAUUAUUCCACAAUGAAAAAUUUACUGAAGUUGCUGCCUGAUUAUGAGCAAUUUCAGAUCAUGGGACCAAGUGUAACUCAGCUGCUACAUGUACGAUCACAGAUAUAUUUCUCAGACUUUCUUCAGAAUGGUGCAGGUGAAAUUGUAACAGCUCCAACAUUCCAUCAUUACUAUGUUGAUGGACGUGUAGCCACUAUAAAGGAUUUCCUCAGUCCAUAUGUUCUUGAUGGCUUAGCUCCAGAGAUUAUCACUGGUAACAAGAUUGCAGCCCAGUAUGCCCCUGGGAAGAGGGUGUGGCUGGGAGAAACAAGCUCAGCAUGGGGAGGAGGAGCUACAGGCCUCUCUGACAGAUAUGUUGCUGGAUUCAUGUGGUUAGAUAAGCUGGGUGUGGCUGCCAGUCAGGGAAUUGAUGUGGUUAUACGACAGGCAUUCUAUGGUGCUAAAUAUGGAUUGAUCGACUGGCAUAGCUUGGAGCCAAAUCCUGACUACUGGUUAUCAGUCCUCUACAAGAAGCUUGUGGGGUCCAAAGUGUUGCUUACAGAGAGUUCUGAUAAGACUGGACACCUGCGGGCCUAUGCUCACUGUUCCACAGACAAAUUUCCCGCUGGAAGUAUUACUGUUUAUGUGUUAAAUCUUUGGACAACAACAGUAAAUGUCACGUCCAAUCUCUUUGAGAAUGAGGACCUUUAUUUUUUUCAUCUUCACUCCAAUGGGGAUCUACAAUCUCAAGAUGUUUAUCUGAAUGGAAAGUUAUUGCGUAUGGAUGGAGACUCUUUGCCUGAUCUGAUGAUACCUUCCAUUGUCCGUGCCCCAGUUCCCUGGCCUGCUGAAUCAUUUGGAUUUCUGGUUUUGCCAAAUGCCAAAGUGCAAGUCUGCAUGUGAUGAGUCUGUAAUAUUGACUGAAACUUCCAUAUGAAUCACCACUUGUAGAAAUAUUGGAGACACUUUAUGCAUUCUCUAUAGCCAUGAAAAAAUGUGUCAUUAUGAUUGAAUGUUUUACGUUUAGUGUUUAAGAUUGAUAAUUGAAAGUUGAAGCUUAUUUUGUUUCAUGCUUCAGUAAUUCUAUAUUUUGUAACGAUAAGCAUCUUCUGACUUCUUAGUUUUGCCAUGGUGGUGCUUAACAUUCUGAAUAAAAAUGUUUGUGGAAAACAUAUCUUGAAUCUCAUGAUGCCAGAGAUCAGGUAUGGAAAAAAUCUCAGAUAGUUACAGUACAGUUACUGGAUAAUUAUUGUACACAGUUACUGAGUUAUUGUACAGUUACUGGAUAAUUAUUGUACAGUUACUGGAUAAUUAUUGUACACAGUUACUGGGUUAUUGUACACAGUUACUGAGUAAUUAUUGUACACAAUUACUGGGUUAUUGUACACAGUAACUGGGUUAUUGUAUACAGUUACUGGAUGAUUAUUGUACACAGUUACUGGGUUAUUGUACACAGUUACUGGAUGAUUAUUGUACACAGUUACUGGGUUAUUGUACACAGUUACUGGAUGAUUAUUGUACACAGUUACUGGGUUAUUGUACACAGUUACUGAGUAAUUAUUGUACACAAUUACUAAGGAAUUAUUGUACACAGUUACUGGGUUAUUGUAUACAGUUACUGAAUGAUUAUUGUACACAGUUACUGGGUUAUUGUACACAGUUACUGGAUGAUUAUUGUACACAGUUACUGGGUUAUUGGUCACAGCUACUGGAUAAUUAUCGUACACAGUUACUAGAUAAUUAUCGUACACAGUUACUGGGUUAUUGUACACAGUUACUGGAUGAUUAUUGUACACGGUUACUGGGUUAUUGUACACAGUUACUGGGUUAUUGUACACAGCCACUGGGUUAUUGUACCUAGUUACUGGGUUAUUGUACAGUUACUGGGUUAUUGUACACAGUUACUGGAUAAUUAUCGUGCAGUUACUGGGUUAUUGUAUACAGUUACUGGAUAAUUAUUGUACACGGUUACUGGGUUAUUGUACACAGUUACUGGAUGAUUAUUGUACACGGUUACUGGGUUAUUGUACACAGUUACUGAGUAAUUAUUGUGCACAGUCACUGGAUAAUUAUCGUACACAGUUACUGGAUAAUUAUGGUAUACAGUUACUUGGUUAUUUUACACAGCCACUGGGUUAUCGUACCUAGUUACUGGGUUAUUGUACAGUUACUGGGUUAUUGUACACAGUUACUUGGUUAUUGUAUAGUUACUGGGUUAUUGUACACGGUUACUGUGCAUUUAUUGUACACAGUUAGUGGGUAAUUAUUGUACACAGUUACAGGGUUAUUGUACACACUUACUGGGUUAUUGUACACAGUUAGUGGGUUAUUGUACACAGUGGGUUAUUGUACACAGUUAGUGGCUUAUUGUACACAUUUACUGGGUUAUUGUACACAGUUAGUGGGUUAUUGUACACAGUUACUGGGUUAUUGUACACAGUUAGUGGGUUAUUGUACACAUUUACUGGGUUAUUGUACACAGUUAGUGGGUUAUUGUACACAGUUAGUGGGUAAUUAUUGUACACAGUUACAGGGUUAUUGUACACACUUACUGGGUUAUUGUACACAGUUAGUGGGUUAUUGUACACAGUUAGUGGCUUAUUGUACACAUUUACUGGGUUAUUGUACACAUUUACUGGGUUAUUGUACACAGUUAGUGGGUUAUUGUACACAGUUACUGGGUUAUUGUACACACUGGGUUAUUGUACACAGUUACUGGGUUAUUGUACACAGUUAGUGGCUUAUUGUACACAUUUACUGGGUUAUUGUAUACAGUAAGUGGGUUAUUGUACACAGUUAGUGGCUUAUGAUUAACAGAUGAGUCGUAUAUGGUUUUUGGGAUAUUGCCAUACACAUAUUAAGCAGAGCCAAUCAGCUUAAUUGCAUACAUUAAAGUGCACCCCACUUACUUUCUGGGAAAGAUGAAAGAUGAUAGGUUUACUUAAAUAAAGAUUAUCAAAAGGUCACUUACUUAACCAACAUCUGCCCCAUAUACCAGCUACAAAAUGCUUGUUACAGCUGUUUAUUACUAUUGCUAUUCCAGAUUCACAUUGUGUUUUUUCUAGCAAAGAUUCAUGUCCGAACACAUUUCAUAUGGAAACUUUUCUGUGUAAGCAAACUGUACGAAGAUCAAAGUGACAGUACGGUAAGAGCUUUUAAACUCUGAUUGAUGGGGAGAUCAUACUAAACACUGGUUUGUCAUGUUGUCACUGGACAUGAUUUAGUAAUGUGUGUGUUUGACUGUAACCAGUGCAGGAAACUUCUUCAUUGUUUAAAUUACCUGUCACAACUAAUGUUUUAUACACUUGAUUGCUAUUUGAUUUACAUAUAUGUAUUUCUAUGUUGGAUCUGUUUGUAGUAUUUUGAUAGUUUUUUUAUGAAAGGUUUGUUUGAAUCUGUAAUUGUGUGUUAUACAAUGUGAACCAUAUUUUAAUACUCAUUGACUGAGAAAUAAAUUGUUGAGAAAGAUCUUGCUGACAUUAUUUCAUUUAAUAUAUAUAUACACUUUGUAUAUAUACAGUGCAAAUUUUUAUAAUCAUAAAUAUACCUUAAUGUAAUAAUACUUAACCUUUAUACAGGUACAGGAGUGUAAGAAGUAGGCUAGUUAGCCUCUUACAAGUUAUUGUAUUUAUAUUUGUCCAAAUCAUUUACAUGUAAUAGCAAUUAACACCGGUACAGGUAAGCCAGUUCUCAUGGCCUACCUAUAGAGCACUCUUAUGUUGUGCAUUAUCUUGGAGGAAUUGUUUUGUAAAAAGUCUGCCUGAUCAUAAUAGAUCUCCUUUAAUUAAAGUGUUAUGUGAUAAAAGAGUCCAGAGGCAUGAUACUUUCAUCAGGUUGAAAAGAGCAUAUACUUCAGUCACAUUGUUUUUCAAUUGUUUUUAUUGGAGUUAUCUCCCUUCUUAAUAGAUCCCUCUGUUGUAUACCUUUUAUCAUGUCAUAAAACUAGUCAAAUAUUUAUCAUGUUUCAUAACACUUUUGAUGAACAAAUUAUGUACCAAUAUUUUAAACAAAUGAAUAAAUUGUGUCACACACA